CUACCGGACACACGGAGGUGGUUCUCCAGACAGGAAACAGGGAAGUGGAGAGGUUGGAAGGGAUCUGUAAUUUCAAAGCAUUCGUCUGACAGAUUAUAAUUACGCAGCAAGUGUUGGAAGCUCUUUUUUUUUUUUAGGGGGCCUCUUCUCUUGGAGUCGUGUGCGUAAUGUUAGUCCUUUAAACCAGGACAUAUUGGCUCAAGAGGACUGAGUGAGAAGUCGGUGUUGUUGGAGUUAAAAAGUGUUCAUUGAUUAAUCAGAUUUAUUGUGUGCGCGCACAAAGGCUUGUCUGUUCAUCUGGAGCGCCCGCCCACUGGGCUUUCUGCGGAGCGAUAGCAGGAGACUGAUGAUCGUCUCCGGGAUUCGCCGUGGAGAGAGCUGGAGUCUGCCUGGACUGACGAUCUGCUCUCCCAUCACCAGAGAAGGAAGCGAGGGCUCGUCUCCAGUCUGACCACCGGGACUUUCAGAUUCAGUGCACGAGGCUGCGUUAAAUCCCAACAUCUCUUGAUUACGCGCAGGUCACUCUUUGACUUUUUCUUUUUUUCUUUUGUACCGAAUCGCCUCCGCAGUCUCGGUGGAUGCGUAAACGCGGAGUGGGUUGGGUCGCCCGGGUGCCUGGCGUACGCACACGUCGUCAGCGGUGAAAAGCAAGAUAGCAGGAGGACACGGAGAGGUGAGUCGGACACUCGCUGGCAAACCGCCGGUCUCUCCGGCUCUGGGGCUCAGGACAGGCUUUCCUUCGCCUGGGAUUCGCAGACCUUCCUCCUCUUCCUGAUCCAGGACGACCAGCGGUUACACCACAUUAUCAAACCCCGACCAGACACCGCCUCCUCAGUCUAAAGGGAAUAGCUGUUGGAAGUGAAUCUGCGGGGCAACAUCACACAAUGGCAACCGGUGCGCUCCUGCUGCUCGCCUGUGCGCUGCUGGCCGGUGGUGCCGUGGCUCAGAGAGUCGUAACGGUGGAGAGUGGACCGCUCAUACGAACCGAGGGCUCCCACGUGACCAUCUGGUGCAACGUGACGGGCUACAAAGAGGGGGUGGAGCAGGACUUUGAGUGGUCCAUGUACCUGGCAGCGGCGCAGGACCGGGAGAUCCGCAUUGUGAGCACAGCUCAGCCAAACUAUGCCUACGCUGUGUAUGCCCCGAGGGUGAACAGUAAAGAGAUCUUUGUGGAGAGGCUGAGCCGCGACUCAGCUGUGCUGCACAUAUCCAAAGUGCAGGCCGGGGACCAGGGCCUGUUUGAGUGUUAUACACCCAACACAGACGGGAGGUACCUUGGAUCAUACAGUGCACGCACCAACCUCACAGUCAUCGCUGACUCAUUGACAGUAACGGCUCCGGUCCAGACUCUGUCCAAGGUGGAGGGCGACACGCUACAGCUGACCUGCGAGGUAUCUCGGACCACGGUGCAGCACACUCACUUGUCGGUGGGUUGGUACCUGCGGUCUCCGGAGGACGCCACAGCACCGCCUCAGGAGCUGGUCACGUUGUCAAGGGACUUUGUUCUCCGCUCUGGUGGACCGUACCGGCAGAGGAUGGCAGCAGGGGACCUCCGACUGGAUAAAACCAGCGCCACAGCCUACAGGCUGACCAUUCACAAGCUGCAGCCCAUGGACCAGGGCCUUCUCUACUGCCAGGCUGCAGAGUGGAUUCAGGAUGCAGACGGCAGCUGGUUCGCCAUGACCCGCAAGCAGAGCGACAAGACUCAGCUCCGCAUUCAGCCCACUGAUCGGGACUUCAGCAUCCAGGUGAGCACGGAGCGACGGUCCUUCACGGCCGGUGAGCCGCUGGAGCUUCGCUGCACCAUCGAGGCCCAGAAUGUCCCCGAGCGAUUCUUCUCGGUGUCGUGGGUCUUCAGCAGCUCACCGGUGGCCGUGGUGGGCCCCAGUGCCGUGCCUGUCCUGGGCCCCGAUUACAUCACCCGCGAGGCCGCCGGACACUUGACCGUGCGCAAGGAGAGCCCCAACGUGCACCUGCUCAAGCUGCAGCACUUGCGGCCCGAAGACGCCGGGAAAUACAUCUGCCGCGUGACCGAGCGGGAGAAGACGCCCACGGGAGACUUCAUCGACCGCAGCAAGAGGUCUCGCAACGUCCAAAUCACAGUCCAGCCGCUCAAGAGCAAUAUCACCGUGGCGCUGUCCAGCAACUCCUCAGAGGUCCUGGAGGGCGAUGCCAUCCUGUUAACCUGCUCAGUCCAGUCCACUACAGGCCCGCUGUCCGUCGUCUGGCAUUGGACAGACAAGCAGGCAAACGGGCCACCGGAGGAGGUGGCCUCUGUAGACAGGGACGGCACAGUGUGGCACAGCCCCGCCUACAGGGAGCGCUCCAGCUUCGGGGAGAUACGCGUGGAGAAGAUGCGAGUGGACACAUUCUCGCUGUCUCUGUACAACGCCUUACCUGGGGAUGAGGGCCAGUACCGCUGUGUUGCUACUGAAUGGUUUCAGACUGGCACCGAACCAGAGUUAACCUGGGAGAAGAUAGGAGAGAAGUCAGCCACCAAGACUGUCACCGUUAAGACUGUUGGUGAGUUAUUUCAGCCUCAUGUAGCCACAGUAUUGUUUGUGUUUUAUCAACACCAAGUCAGUAAAACAUGGAAACAAUGA